AUGGGAGGAAUAAGGACUACUGGAGCUUCAAGGGGAGCUUUAUCCAGAGGAGGCCGUAGUGGACCGGUUCAAGCUAGGGGAGCGCCUUCUAGUGAUUCGGCAGUGACCCCUCAAGUUACUUGUGGGUACUGUGGUAAACCCGAGCACUCUGAGAAUGACUGUUGGAGAAAGUCUGGGAAGUGUUUGGCUUGUGGUAUUACCAAUCACCAACUUGCGAACUGUCCAAGUAAAAUGAAGAUAGGAAGGAACACUCAAAGGCCAGAAAAGUCAAUCUCUAAGCAGACCAGUGCUAGAGGAAGUCAACCUAAGGUGCCUGCUAGGGUUUAUGCACUGGACCAUCAACAGAUACCCGAGGCGACUGAGGUGGUUAAAUGUACGGUUCCUAUUUGUCACCGCUUAGCUAGGGUUUUAAUUGAUUCAGGUGCGACACAUUCCUUUGUAAACCCUAACUUCAUGCGCGGAAUAGAUUUGAAACCAAUUAAAUUACCUUAUGACUUAGAGGGUAGAAUGCCUACUGGGAAUCAAAGUCUAAUCGCUAACUUGAUGUAUAGGGAUUGUGAGAUCUGGAUUGGAGAACAGAAAUUAAUGGCCGAUCUGAUAGGUUUAGCGAUUAAGGGGUAUGAUGUGAUCUUAGGAAUGGACUGGUUAACCCGUUACAAUGCCCAGUUGAAUUAUAAGACGAAAAUAGUAGAAUUGUGCAUUCCGGGAGAAGCAACCUUGAAACUGGAUGUAAGGGGUAGAUUAGCCUCAUCUGCACUUAUCUCAGGAAUCCGAGCUAGGAAAAUGUUAAGUAAGGGAGCUCAGGGAUAUUUGGCUUUUCUAAUCAACACUCCUAGUGAUAAAGUGAGAUUGGAGGAUAUGCCUGAAGUGAAAGAGUUUCCAGAUGUCUUUCCUGAAGAGUUAGAGUCUACCCCCGAAAAGGGAAAUAACUUUUAA